GUUUUGUUAAUAAAAAUGUUAUGAUUUAAUAUAGUAAUGUAAAAUAAAUUAUAUGCAUUUAUGCCGUCUGAUCUCUUAAAAUGUACGUGAGGUUAUCCAGUAACCAACAGGGAAUCGAAAGGUAACGUUACCGUUAUGUUUCUGGGCUGAAUAUAUUCGUAGUAGUGUUGAUUUGUCCUACCGACUCGCAGCUCCAAAACCUGCCCUUUGAGCUCCUGAAAAUGAAUCCUAUCGCUGCAAUUAAUUUGCUGCGUAUUAUUAUUAUUAAUUAUAUAUAAUUGCCUUUCACAUUAGUGACUUAAUCUGUGCACCAGAACGUUUAUCAUAGCUCCACUUUUAGCUUUUUCUUUCAACCCCUACCACUCGCGGAAGGAGGAGCUGAAAAAAUGUAAAAGCGACAAGUCUGCAGCCGCUGACACUCAAAUGCACUACUCAGCACAGCAGUAAUGAUUCAUUUAACACAAUAACUACACAUUUAUCUACUAGUUAAAUGUUGAUACGACGCGAAUACAUUUGUCACGUCAAUAAAAUUCGUUUGAUGAGUUUUAAAGAAACUUAAAAGUUAACAAUCAUCCUACUAUUCGACAUGUAUCCUUUCACCAGUUUCGGCAUGUAUUACUUGAUGCAUAAAUGCGUGUUUGUAAUACAGUACUUAAUAUAGCCAUUACCAUGCGCUCCUUCCACAAAAGAAACCGCUUACACACGUGAAGCCUGCUGGAACUUAGAAUUCUAAGCAACACUGGAAAUGUCAAUAGUCGUCCAACCAAACCAUUCGACUCCGAGUUUUCAGCCUAUCGGAAUGAGACUCUAAGAAAUACAGGACCAGUGUUUGUAUGUGGGUGAUGCUGUGUAAUUUUUUGAUAUGGUUUUCUAAUAUUUCGGAUUUUUUCAAGUUAGUUAGUAACACAUAGCGCUGCUGUGCACAGAUAUGUCGGAGUCGACAGAGACGGAUCAGGAUAUCAUACGACUAAGGUCUAUCAAAAGCCAGCGAACCUGUAUUGUGUCCCAACAAGACAGACUUGGAAACUGCAGGAGUGUGAAAGAAUUCGAGAAGCUAAAUAGAAUUGGAGAGGGGACAUAUGGAAUUGUGUAUAGAGCGCGGGACACCAAAAGUGGAGAGAUAGUUGCUUUAAAGAAAGUGCGCAUGGACAAAGAAAAAGAUGGCAUUCCCAUCAGCAGUCUACGAGAGAUCAAUUUGCUUCUCAAACUAAGGCACAUUAACAUAGUAGAACUGAAGGAAGUAGUGGUUGGAAAUCAUUUAGAAAGUAUUUUCCUCGUGAUGGGCUACUGUGAACAAGAUCUAGCCAGCCUUUUGGAAAAUAUGCAGUCACCUUUUUCUGAAGCUCAGGUGAAAUGUAUAAUUUUACAAGUUUUAAAAGGACUGCAUUAUCUUCAUGAAAACUUUGUUCUACAUAGAGAUCUUAAAGUAUCAAACUUGCUAAUGACUGAUAAAGGAUGUGUAAAAAUAGCUGACUUUGGGUUAGCCAGGACAUAUGGAGUACCUUUAAAACCAAUGACGCCUAAAGUUGUGACACUGUGGUACAGAGCUCCAGAACUGCUGCUGGGCACAAAAACACAGACAACAGCUAUUGAUAUGUGGGCCGUUGGAUGCAUUUUGGCCGAACUGCUGGCCCACAAGCCACUGCUUCCUGGAAGCUCAGAGAUUCAACAGAUUGACCUCAUAGUGCAAUUGUUAGGGGCACCCAAUGAGAACAUUUGGCCAGGUUUCUCUAAGCUACCACUGGUUGGGCAGUACUCCUUAAGGAAACAACCAUACAAUAAUUUGAAAAACAAGUUUACCUGGCUGUCAGAGGCUGGACUUCGACUGCUUAAUUUCCUUUUCAUGUUUGACCCAAAGCGCAGAGCCACUGCAGAAGACUGUCUAAAAAGUAGUUAUUUCAAAGAAAAGCCUUUACCCUGUGAGCCAGAGUUGAUGCCUACUUUCCCGCAUCACCGAAACAAACGAGCAGCAUCAACUUCUGAAAGCCAAUCAAAACGAAGCAAAGUUUAAUAAUUAAACAGCAACAAAAAGUUCAAGUUUAGUAAUAUGGUUUGUCCCUCUUUUUUUUUUUAUUAAAAAGUCAGUACAUCUUGAACUUUACUGUUUAACUUUAGAUGGUUGUAUCAAUCACUACUAGUUUUUAAAACUAAAUGUAUACCUAUUAAUCAUGUGCAAUAAUUAUUCACAUCACAUUGUACUUUUUCAGUGCAGUGUAAAAUUUCACCAUUGCAACAUACAAGACUGUGCUUGCUCAUCAAAACAACUGUUAAAUAUGUACAAAAAUGUAGUCAUUUGAGAAGAUGCCUUUAAUGUCAUAUAGCGUUAGCUCUUGUGAUUCUCAGUUAUGUACAGCUUUAAAGCAUAAAGGCAGCCAGAAUACAAGUGUAAAUAAAACUUUAUGAAUUAAA